AUGAAAUCUCCCCUUUUUUAUCUCCUCGCCGCGGCACUCAAGUCUCACAUUGUCAUCCCUACCGUACUCGCUCACAGUCGCGUGUACGGCGUUUGGGUUAACGAAGUUUUCCAAGGUGACGGGAGGGACAUUUACAUACGCUCACCCCCUACGAAUGAGCCCGUAAAGGACAUUUAUUCGAAUGAUAUGACGUGCAAUGUUCAUAACCGUGCAGUCCCAAAAACGGUCAACGUGGCAACUGGGGAUAAACUCACGUUUGAGUGGUAUCACGAAUCCCGAAAAGACGAUAUCAUCAACGAUUCACAUAAAGGUGCUAUACAAGUGUACAUCGCUCCAUCGGCAUCCAACGGAACAGGGGCAGUAUGGACAAAACUAUUCAGCGACUCGUUUGACGGCAGCCUAAACAACAAAUGGGCUACAGAUCGCUUGAAGAAAGCAAAAGGUCAACAUUACAUUAUCAUUCCCAAUAUCCCAACUGGUGAUUAUCUGUUCAGAGCGGAAAUAACCGCACUGCAUCAAGCGCAAGUACGAUAUGAUCAAGACCAUGACAAGGGAGCGGAAUUUUACAUCGAAUGUGUUCAAGUCCGCGUUCAGAAUGAUCGUGAGACCUUGGGCUCGGUGGCGUUACCUGGUGGGACGAGUCUUCCUGGGACGUAUUCCUACGAUUCGCAUGGGAUUAUUUGGAAUUUGUUCGGAUCGAAGGAAGAAUGGGAUCCGAGGAGCUAUGUUCCACCUGGACCGGCGGUAUGGGAGGGGGCCAAGGGAGGAAAGAUAGAGAUGGUAUAA